AUGUAUGACAAAACGAAAUGUAAUUGUCAACAUUUCACUGAAGCUGCCAUUGAAGCAUUGAAUACGAUAAUUGAAUUUGAACACAACAUUGAUGCCAAAACUAAAAAGUAUUUGGGGAAAAUGAAACAACGUGGAGCUGGUGAGCGCGUUUACAAAGUUGACAAGGAAUUGAAGAAAGUGUUAUUGGAUUCAAAUGUCAUAACCACAGACAAUGACACACUUCAAUUAAUUCAACACAUGAGAAAGAAAAUUGAAAUCAAUUCCAAAUUUUAUUUCAAAACUCACAAGGAAUUGGAUGAAUUUGUGAAAUUUGGCAUAACUGUUCAUCCUAUUUUCACAUCUUCACAAGAUUAUGCUUUUUUGAAAGGAUUUGAUAGGGCUUUUUGGUUGAAAUAUCAAAGAAAAGUAGAAACGACAUGGCAUAUCGCGAAACAUGACCAUAUGGACAAUGUUAACAUGACUGUUGUGAGACAAGAUUUUGUUUUGGAAGCUCAAUGUGGUUGGCAACAUCCAAGGUUGAAUGAUACUUUAUCCAAAGUUUCUCAAAGAAACAAGUCCUCCAGCUCCAACAGCGUAUCAAGAGCAAGCCACCAAUCUAUUAAGGAGAAUUUUGUAACUACGUACGAUACAUUUCUAUGUCCUGUAUUAGUGGGAGAUGUACGUAAUGCAACAAAGUUGGAUCUAAAUGAAAAGUCUUGUCAACCAUAUUCGACAUCCACCACUGCUGAUACAUGUUGUUAUAUUCUCACUUUGGAAGACUCUGGAACUAUCAUGUACAAACCAAUCAUUCAAAUUUUGAAACUUCUUCAAACCACUGAGGUCAAUGAGAAGAAUUGUUCGUUUGGUGAAUUCAAUAUGAUGUCUUGA